UAGUAAGGGUUGCCAAGGAUAAGCAAACAUUCCACAGUAUUGAAAAACGUGUUUUUUUACUCAUAAUAUGCAAUGUGCAAUUACUUUAUAGUAUAACAAUUCCUGUGUAAUUUUUUUAAUAUAAUUUAUCUUCAGAAACGCAGUAUCUCCAUAUAAUCCGAAAACAACCAAUGAUAGUAAUCUACUAAACCUAAAUGCGCGGUUUGGUUUAAUGUUGAAAGGAAGACUUGGCAACCAAGAGCUUCUUGAAUACUCGCGCGGGAACGACAACAGGAUGGCAACAGUAAACAAGGGAUCUCUAUAAGUGUGUCUUAGUAACUAAAAUAUGAAGUGCAGUUAGCAAAAGUUGAUUUUUACUCAAGUUCAGUUAAUUUUUAUUCGUUUCUUUAAUUUAAAUACGUGUGAUUUAAAUAUUUAAACGAGCCGUUUAUAAACCGAGUCUGGUUGUGCAUGGUCUGUAACAGUUACGUUACUGAUUAUUCUUAAAUCAAAAAAAUGAAAGGCACUACUAAGGGCACUAAAGUUAAACCUGCAGGAUCAGCUACAGAAGAGGAGUGUGGAAUAUGGCUUGACACAACUCAGUUAAAAGAGAAGAAACAACAGAAAAAGACUCCAAUCUCCAAACUACUAAAUCCAUUGGCAAAAUCAGGAGGAUACAAUGUGGCUGUCUCUUUGAACUUUACUCAAACUAAACUUAACAUGCCUAUCACUAAGCAGAGCACAAUAUCGUCUUUCUUUUCACCUAAACUUAGAGACUCCGAGCCAAGUGCCUCUCAUGAUGAGAUGUACACCUCCAUGCACACAGAGGCGUUAUGUGGUGUUAAACGAAAACAUGAGGCGACACUGGAGCCAUCUGGAACGUCAGACAUUUCAACAAGUCAAAAGUUUCAGGUCGAACAGAGGAACUGUGAUCUAGAUCAUGUGUCAGUGAUGGAAAUAAAAGAGCAGACUUUCCUCCACUUGAUGUGUGGUCACGCGUCAGACGAAGAAGAGCCACCAGAAAAGCGAAGAGUUUUUGCCAGUCGUGCAGAACACAAUGUGUUAGAGACACAGGAAUACUGGAAUGAAGAAGUAUCUUCCAAGAGUAGAAAUCCACAUAUUCAGACAAUUCCUGAAACUGAGACUCUUUUUUACAGGGAGUCCCAUCUCAUCCGAAAGCCCUCGGAGGAAGACUGUCAAAAUGUUCUUCAGUCUCCACAUCCGAAAGACUUUCAAGAGUUCCAGGAAAAACAUGUUUUGGGAGAUCAUAAUACCACUAUUCAGAGGUCUAUCUUAACUUCUAGGCCUAUCAAUGUAAACCACAAAAAACCAAAAGCUAAUACGGAUCAGGAACAAUUUCUGUAUAAACCUAAGGCUUCACCUGCGAAACUAAUCGGAAAAGAAAAUAGGCAGCCUGCAUCACCUAUUCACAACUCUCACCCAUCCCCUUUUAAGCGAAAUCUAGUAUUAAGUCCGGCAAAGCCCAGGUUAAAGGAGAAAUACACUCAUUCGGACACAGAGAUGUCAGGAGAUAGCCUCGCUAUGUUAUUCACUCAAGACUCGGAGGGUUUCUGUGUGAUUGCUCAUCGUGACCAACACCAGAGGAGCCCACUGAAAGACCACGGCAAUGGCUCUAACAACACAGAUUACUGGAAUAAUGCAUCCGCGAGGUCUUUAGAUAAGGAGGAAGAGGAAUCAGAUCUAGAAGCAGAGAUGCUUUUCACCCAAGACUCAGAAGGGAACGUGGUUAUCAAGCACUAACUUUAAACUGAUCAUUUUACAUCACGUAAAAAUGUGGCAUUAUGAUCCUAUGAAAUUGUUUUAAGUUGUUCUUUGGAAAACUGUGAUGUUUGCAUUUUUUAAAAGCUCUUUAUUUUAUGUAUAAUUUAGAUUAGUUAGAUUUUAGGUAUGAGAAUCUACUUAGAAACAAACAUUAGAGUUUUUUUUAAAGUUGUAAUUGAUACAUUUACCUCAAUAAUUAUUUAAAUGCAGAAAUAAACACCUGUCAAAGUCCAAGUAAGCCUAAAAAGUGCAGUGAUUUACACAUCACAAUUCCUAUUUCUCUAAGUCCUGUUGGCCACCAGAUGGCACAAUUAACUGGAUUUGCAUGUAGUGUAAGUGUAUACAGUAGUAGGUGUAUAAGGUGUUAUUGUUUGUCAAGUUGAUGUUAUAAUGCUCCUAAACUGAAUAAAUCAGAUUUAUGCUGACAAAUUUAUUAUGCAUUUAGAAAGACACUUGAACUGAAUUUCAACAUUUAUUAAGGUACAGGAGAUUGUAAAUGACAAUUACAGUACAAAUACAUCAUAAUGAGUUCACAAUUAUUUAAUUCAACCCAAUUUGUUAUCGUGAAAAUACUUUCUAAUGGUAAAAUACAAUUUAAGCACACAUACUGUAAAUUCCACCUUGUGUACUAAAUAUGCAAUCGGCUCACUAACAAAACAAAUGUGACAUAAUUCCUUUUAAGGACUUAAGAUUGCUACACAUUAACACAUGUUGGCAUACGGUCAAAAUGGUGUUCAAGACUUAUAAACAUUUAGGACAGGACAUUUAUUUCCCGGACAAGGUUUUAAUUAAUCCAAGAGUAGACCUAGAUAUCUUAGGAGAUUUAAGUAGUUUUUUUUUAUAAACAUGCCUUACAAUAAAACUUUACCGGGGUCCAUCUUAAGACAAAACAAUGUCACUGAUAUACUUUAAGAUAUGCCAGUGCAAGCUGAUUUUUUUAAACUAACAUUUUAGUCUUGGACUAGAUUUAAGCCCUGUCCGGGAAACUGCCAUUUAAUGUGCAUUUAUAUAGACAAGAGUGCAAUAUAAGUACAACUAGGAAACAGUUUUGUACAACUUAAAUUUGAUUGCAGGCUAUACCCAAUUAUUCGAUUUAUUUAGGUUAUAGCAUACGCCUGUCAAUGUAAAUCUGGAGGAAAUUUCAGAAAUGCCGGACAAAAUUGAGCGUGCUGUUUUAAAACGAUAUUAAAGUAAUAUAAAAUCUUAUAAAAAUAUCCUCAGAGGCACUCAUUCAUUUGCAGAUCAUUUUCACACACUAAGAGUAAAGAGUGUUUUGAUUUAAAUAAUUCCCAUUGACAUUUCUGCUUACAGUUCCAUUUGAACACAACAUUUCCAUUUAAUUUACCUAAACAAAAA